GACGUAAAAAGUGGACAUGUCCGGGGAAAAGAGGACGUUUGGUCAGCCUAGCGUAAAGCUCGAUUUCACAAGUGAAUUCAAGCAUGGAUUUUAAAAUACGCGCCGCUAAACAGGAGGACUGCAAAGAAAUAUCAAGGAUGAUAAUAGAAUUGGCUGUGUUUGAGAAGAUGCAGGAUCAGGUCAAGAUAUCCACCCAAGAGUUGGAGCGCGAUGGGUUCUGCAGCAGUCCUCGCUUUGAAUGUCAAGUGGCAGAAGUUUCUGAAGAGCACAAGUCAUCCCAAGGAUACACCGUUGUUGGGUUCGUCCUUUACUACUACACCUAUAGCACAUGGAUGGGGCCGACGGUGUUUAUGGAGGACCUGUAUGUGAUGCCAGAAUACCGAGGAAAAGGCAUUGGCAAGGGUUUAAUGAGCAAAGUGGCACAGGUGGGGAAAGAGAAGCAGUGUACUAGGCUUCAGCUGGCGGUGCUGGACUGGAACACCCGGUCGCUGGACUUCUACAUCAUGAAGGGCGCUCGGAACAUGACCGCGAGUGAAGGCUGGCACGCCUUAAGGUUUGACGGGGAAGCUCUGGAUAAACUGGCCGCAGAAGCCCCCAAAGAUUAUAAAUCAGAUCUAGACACAAAUUGAGAUGGCACCACUAUAAUUGCUCACCAUUUUCCAGCUCCCACUAGACUUACUACCCUGUUUUUCACACUUUAUUUUUUUGUAUGAUACGUUUAUACUUUAUUGUCAUAGCAAGUCUGAAAUUUAACUUGCAUCCCAGCAGCUCUAUUUACAAACAUCACAGACAAUACAUCAGGACAGGACAUCAAUAACAGGACAUCAAUACAGGACCCACAAAUACAAUUAACAUACAUACAAUCAUCAUAACAUUACAACAACGGAAGACAAAAUUUAAUGGGAGUUAAAAAUUGCUAUAGUUAAUAGUUAAUUUUUUUUGACUUUACUAGAAAAGGAGGCGAAAAACUCCAUGCUUCAGGUCCCUCCUACCAACUAGUGUCAGUCUGAUUACAGGAGUUCAAGCUUUGGUUAUUCGUAAGGUUUCCAAACAAUUAUCCAAAUAUAUAUACAGUGAAGAAAAAACAGAAAGUCUAUUCAUAGUGAGAAUAAUUUGCUGGCUUUAAAUGUAGCAAGAGGAGACCACUGCUGCAUAAUCAAGUUUGUAUCAACUGAUUAUAUUUGUUUGUAUGAAGUGGAAUUAAUUGGUUAAACAAAUGUGUAUUUUUAAUAAAGCAAAACAACAAGAUCACGUCAGUGGCUUUCACAUCCGCUCCUCAAUCCGAGUCCCAAUUCUUUUCGGCAGAGCUUCAGUUGCGAGUCCUUCACACGGCAUCUGACAAAAUGUUACUGGAAUGGUCAAAUAAUGUUUGAAUAUCCCAAACUAACCAAUUAUGUUUCGGUCAGCACAUAUUUGGCCCUUCUGAUGAUGUCUGCCAUUACCUCACCUGAAGCGUUGACGUGAAACGUCUAAGGGCGGGCCCUUCCAUAAUUUCUCAUCACUGGGAUAUUCAGACGAAAUGUGACCCAGUCUUCUUCCCUGCAGUCCCCUAAUAUGCAUCGAUGUUAAACAAUUCAUAUUUUUGUAUUUUAAUUGUUCAUCAAAACAAACCAAAUAAUACUGAAUACUGAUAUGAGAUUAGAAUAACUUUCUCACUAACUAAUACUUUGGGAUAACGAAUAAUAUAUAUUUUUGCUACGAAACCCAUUGGCUCACAGUACUGGGGCGUAAGAAGGGAGGUCAGGCUCAACCCCCGAUUGGCUCACAGUACCUGGACCCUCAGGAAAAGGUUGACGCGUUUGGUUAAUGCUACAGUUAUUGUAUUGUUAAUUUUACUAUACGAGAGGUGAGGUAUCUGAGGGGUAUUCCGCAAAGCCGGUUUUUGUCACAUAACCGGGUAAGUUAACCCAGGGUUUGCGGUAACCCUAGGUUUUCCGUUCCAAAAGGAUCACGGUAUGUUAGUUGCUAUAGAAACAUAUGCUCUGAAUCAAACCUGGUCGGAGCAGGUUUUGCGAAGGUUAAGUUUGAAGCAUAACCCGGUUUUGGGUAUUUAAACCGGCGUUCACCGCAGAUUUCAUGUGUUCACAAUGGCAUGCCCUUUUGAUGAGAGAACUGCUGAUAUCGGAGCGCAAUUUAUACGUGCAAUCCACCGGGAGCGAUUGAUAAGACCACGGCUCGACAUCUUGGCAUAUCGGAUGACUUUUUGCUGGAGUGGAGAGAUAUAGAUUCUCGCGCAAAUCUUUAAUAUAUUUAAAUAGCCUUAGAUAGCCAACACUACCAAUCGAGGACCUGGCCUCAGUUCACUCCAGACUAUUUGCGUAGCCCUCCGUUUUUUGCAAAUGGUAGUUUUGGCUAUAAUGUUGGAGAUGCUGAGCACAUCUCAGUCGUACUAUGCCGAGAGGCAUUUACAACAUAAAGUAUAAAAUAGUCCUAACGGACUUGCAUCCACUGGAGAAUGUUCGAUCCUAGCCGGCGGCUUCAUUACAAGCACUAAUCCAUCUUGAUCUGUGAAGUUGAUGAAUUGUCACUUUUAGGUUUUCUACCCAGUUACCAAAAAAAGAAACAUUUGGAAUAGUAUGCGCUGUGGCAAGCACACGGUUUGCAUGUGUUACUUCGAAGGCAAAAAAAAUCUAAAAUACAAGAAAACACAAAAACCUACAUUCAACCAGUGGGGUAUGGCCCCUGACUCUCUGAGGAGGUAGGUACCUCCAGGUACCCCCCUAAUGCCAGGGCGCCCUGAAUUUAUGUUUAUUAACAGCUCCUCCACCGGGGUCAAGACAAUUUGAGGGCCAGAUCCAGUCUGCCGACUGUCAGCCUUUUCACGAUUGGCUUAAAAAAAAUGGCUUAUUUAAAUUUAUACCAAUACGAUGGUGGGAAAAGCUUACCAGUUUCUGUGUUUUUUAUACUUUAUAUGUGGUAUGUGGUAUGUGGUUAUGUGGUAGGAUCUUUAAGAAUGCUUAACUGGGAUAUUUAUAUAUUCAUGGCUCAAAUAUUAAGGAUCAUGCUUUUGACGUGUAACUAAUGCAUUUACGCGGUCAGCGAUCCGCUGCCAGGCUUUGGUUCUCCGGGUUGCAGAGGCUUUAGCGUUCCCUUUUCUUGUGAUAAUGUCCUUCUCCUCGUCAUAGCUCUCCAGGAGAACCUGGAGUUCCACUUCAUUGAAAUAAGCGGCCCGUUUCGCCACAUCGAUCAGGGUUUCCAUGAUCCAUACUUCACGUCUUUUUAGGUUUGGCGUGGACGUGCACAACCCUGUGUUAACCAACCCCGAGUUGAUUGAACUAAUGCAUAACCGCUGCUGUGGAACCGAAAACUCUGGGUUGGUCGGCACAGGGUCAAUCAACCUAGAGUUCAGCGUUAACUCAGUGUUUGUUAAACCUCCGUUCGUGGAACUCCCCUCUGAUGUGUGCCGCUUUUGUUUAUGAACUAGCAAAUGUAUUAUCACCAGUGAAGUGAAGUGUUUAAUAGCAAUGUUUAGAACAGACAUGGAGGGAUUACAAGUUAAACAAGGGUGAUUGUAUAUUCAUCUCCUUAAAUUGGUGCGUUCUCUGUAUUAGGAAAAUCUGGGGAGCAAUUAUAUUCUUGAUAGUAUUGAGAAUCAUACUUUUGAUAUUAUUAAAUACCCUGGUAUAUCCCUUUAAUACUUUCAUACCACCCAAGCCUUAAUUGUAUUAAUUGUUGUAUUUUUGUCCCACUCCUUUUUAUCCAACACAAUUGAGCCAUUCCAUGAUCCUUUGACCCUUUCUUUGGCAUGUCCUUCAAAAAUUCAACGUGGUGUGUUGCCUCGCUCCAGUGUCGGCCACUAGAUGUUAAUUUAGAGUUGUCAAGGUUUCUUGACUAGCAUUUACACACUGAAGUGAUGUUCCCGCUCUUCCAGUUAAUGCCUCUCCUGUGCAUUCGCAGGUUCAGAUCUCAGCAGAGGUCUGGAUUGGCUGAAUCAAGAUAAAUCAAAAAGUAAAUGCAUAAGAAAUGAAUGUUUCCCACGAGAGAAAAAUCACACAGUCCACAGAGGGAAUAUUCUCACUCACUCACUCACUCACUCACUCACUCACUCACUGAGUGAGUGUGAGACUGUGAGAUUAAGUGGUGGGGGAAUAAUCGAUUCUGUUCAGUAGCAUGAUAUUUUACAUACGCAAUUACAGUAUAUCGAUACAGUAGCACAAAGUAUUGCAAUAUUUAUUAUUAUAAUUUUUUUUAUUUAGUUUACUGAUAAUUUACAUUUGAGUAUAACAUCCGCAUAUUGCCACUUGUUGCAGUGCUUUGUUGUCCUGCAUUCAACAACAAUUCAAAUGAAAAAAAAAAAUUGGUUGCACAAGACGCUUCGUCCUCUUUCAAAUCAAAAGAGUGGGUAAAUUUAGGUUUUCAUCAAAAAAAAUAGUAAAGACCCUGACUUUCAAGAUUGCCACAUGAAAAAUAAAGGUGGCACAUUAUACCACCAGGUUUGUGAUUAGCCGUUACAAGCCGUUUUGAAAAUCUUCCUCUUCUGACAUCACAAGUGGGCGUGUCCACCUAGAUGUAGGAUGGAUAGAUAAGCAAUGUUUGCAACAGUCCACUGGGUGGGCUGUUAGACUGAUAUAUCCAGCACACAUCUAGGGGGACAGGCCCAUGUGUGAUGUCAGAAGAGGCAGAUUUUCAAAACGGCUUGUAACGACUAAUCACACUUACACCUGGCGUUAUAAUGUGUCACCUUUUAAGUUCUCUGGGAUUGAGACCAACUUGAGAGCCCAUCUCACAAGGUACCAUUUGGAGUUAGCGGCCUCUGAGGAGGUGAAACGACCCAAAGUAGUUGGCCUAUCCCCAAAUCAACGCACAUUGAAACUAAAAUGAUAAAGUAAACUCCAAACUCUGAAAGAGCUAAGGAAAUCCCUGAGGCGAUGGCCUUCUGAAUCGCAAUAUACAUCGCAGAAUCGAAUCCCAAUAAUAUUGAAUCGUGGGCCAAGUAUCGCAAUACUAUAGAAUCGUGUGAGAGAAGUGUGUGAAUGUGAGCGUGUGAGUGUACAAGGAAUCUUGAGUGUUAUUGACGUACAUGAGGUACUUUAAACUGGCAUGUGCUGGUUUACUACACAAGACAGCAGGUUAGCAAAUCAAUGCCUAACGGCGGUGGAGCAUGCCAACAAAGUAAUCGUCUUUGUCAAUCAUUAGACGAGGGUCGUAAUCCCGCUGGUUUCGAGGGUCAGGGAGUCUGGAGCCAUUGCAUGGCGUAUCUAGAAAAAUAAUAAAGAUCUGUGAGUCAUCGGCCCUUGGCAUAAUCAGUACCGUAACUGACUGUUUUAAUGUCUAUCUAAUUUUUGAUUGAAUGUCUGUUUCGUCAAUCUGUUUCCUUUUAUCAACAAAUAUAACUCGACGUCACUCAUCCCAUGGCUGGUUAUUGAUGCCUUGUUUGCAAAUCAAAGGAUUAUUCAGUAAUUCAUUCAUUUAAUGAUGUUAAAUGGUUUGUGCUUCCAAAUAUGUGUAAAAUGUGCAAAGGAUUAAUGUAGAUUAAGCCAUACUAUAAUGUGUCAAUAAAUCACGUUUUGUUUCUGAAUAAUUUCAAACAAACCAGAUAUAUAAUUUUUUUAUUUGUAUUUGAUUUCUUCUGACCCUAUAAAUAACUUCUACAACUGUAAAAAAAAAAAAAAAAAAAAGAAAAUUGUACAUGUUUUGGCGUCAUUGCAGAUGGAGUACAGAUUUAAUACAAAGUGGACUCCCAUGAGGAACCACUGCAAUAUAAACUUAAUAUACCUUUUUAUGCCUAGUGAAAGAGCUGAUUUAAGGAAACACACACAUCUCUCCUUGCAUGAAACAUUUUUAAAAUUCAAAACCUGCUCCUCUCUGCUGCACUGGGAGUCAACAGCAGUUCAGAGACAUGCAGCCAGCUAUGUAUCAUGUAUUCUCAUCUUUUUUGUAUUAUGGCUUCAUGGAAGCUAGACAACCAUAAUAUAGAUUUUUGCGCACUAAUUUCGAAAACCAGAAGAAUAUUAAAUUGAUGGCCAGUCAUUGUGAAACCUAGGAUGGUUUGGGGCAAAUCCAAGCCAGUGUUACGGUCCACCUUGUGGAUGUAUGGGUCCAACCCCUUUCUUUGGGUGGCAUCCCAGAUGCAUGAAGCUGACAAAUGCUAUCGUCUGGCUAACCUAUAGAUCUCUCUCAGUUGGAAUAUCUCAAACGGUUGAUUUGCAGUGGUUCUCAUUCAGAAUCCCUUAAUGACAUUAAGGACAGAAUACCUUUUGAAAUGGUUCAAAUGUACCUAUUGGAGUGUGACAAAACUCCCAACACGCAUCAUGUCCAGCCUAGAGGGGAACAGUCCCGCACUGCUAUUUUCUAAUAGCCGAGAGUACUGCUUCAUACACAGUGUGCUGAGGGUAUCCCAGAUUCCCCAAUAUCCCCACAAAAAAAAGGAAAAUUGUUACGGACCGUUGCGGUCAUGGGUCCGGGUUUGCGUUAUCCAACUGGGACUACAUAUGAAGCAGUAUCCUUGUUUUAUUAGCAAAUAGCCAAGGAUUACAAGUGGCAAGAGCAUGUAGAUCAAUGAAAAAAGUGGACCGUUGAUAGUAAUAAUAAAUAGUCAACAGAACAGAGAACAGUAGUUCUGUUGCUAGAGCUUCACCUGAAUCCACAAUAAACAAUAAAGGACCAACCCUGUGGAUUAAUUAAACAGGUUGGUAUAUCCCUGAUCAGUCAACAAACAAACAAUACGGGUUCAGCCCCUCCUCGUCACUUGAACACUCAGACAUAAGCGUUGCGUCCGUAGUUAAUCGAGGGGGCGUGCUGUGGGGACCCGACAGCAGAGCGGGGGUUCCCCCUGGAAGGCGGCUGGUAGACGUACGCUCUGAUGCAAAAAAAACACACCCGUCAGGUAGGGCAAUGCGGAAAUGUGACAUCAAAAUGAUGAGCCUCAGUGUAUCGGACU